GAAAUAUUAGUAUUUAUUAUGUUUAUGUUAUAAAUAUAUCUUAUUCUGUUCGUAAUACGCACUGAAUGAAGAUAAUUAAGAAUGGAGGUUAUCAAGAUGUCAAAGAUUAUAAUUGUUGACGAAAUUCUUUAAAAUGAACAGAAUAUAUCUUGUCGUUGAUGAAACUAGCUCGACAAAGAGAUGUUAAAAUAUUGAAAGCGAUUACGGAAAGUAAUAAUAGAGUGUCCAGAAGUCAAACAUUAUUUUUUAUAACAUUCCUUAUAUCUGUUAAUAAUUUUAUGUCUCUUGUAAUUUGUACAUUGAAGUUUGAUAAAGUGAUAAGGGGAAGAAAUUAAACGUGUAUAUGUUUUACUUAGUAUUAGCGAAACGCUUAACCCUUCUCCUUAGAUUCAAGGGGUUAAUAAGAGGGACUGAACGAAUAUCGUGCUUUCAGUACGCAUCUAGCGCAGAGCUACGUGUAUUAGCACGUCGUUAAACGUUCUUCGUGUCUUUAUCGCAUAGGAGACGAUACUUGCAAUUUAAUGGACGGAUAAGCCGAGAGCAAAUCUUGUACAAACCAAAACUCGUUAAGCAUGUUCACUAAUAUAAUUUGUCAAAAAUAAAUAUCAGAAAACAGUGUGAAGCAUAAGAAGCACAUACGAUGGAUAAAUUGGUGUUGGUAGUGCUGUUUGUUUAUUCAGUGUCAUUUUUACAGUACUGCGAAGCUACUUCGACUCCAAAUCGGGGAUAUGUGUUCACAGCGCCAAAAAGAUUGUUGGCCGGUGAAACCGAAAGCGGAUGUUUAUCUUUACAUAAUUUGGAAUUACCGGCUCAUGUCGUUCUUGAACUAGAGUCCUCGGUAGACGAUCAAAUACUGGCCCGUACCAGCGCUGUCGUAAAAACAGGUACAGAAACAUGCCUACAACUGGCAGUACCUUCGCCUGCUUACAGCGGUGCAAGGCUUCGAUUAAAAAUCAAAUUCGACAAAUAUCCCGAUUAUGCGGUAUCAUCGGAAGCAGCUGUGGAGAUUGAGCUUGAUUCUUUGCUCACCUUCGUAGAAACCGAUAAGUCAACUUACAAGCCUGGUCAAGAUGUCAAAAUUAGGAUUCUUACGCUUAUGCAUGAUUUGAAACCAUGGCAAAAAUCGAUUCCAGAGGUGUGGAUCGAAAGUCCAUCAUUAGUAAGGGUGGCGCAAUGGACGAACGUAAGCACGGAGAACGGGAUGGCUCAGUUGACAUUUCCUUUGUCUCCGGAACCAAGUUUGGGAACGUGGAGAAUAAAAGUAAUGAAGAAGAGACAAUAUCCCGAGUUGAUUCACACUACUCAAUUCGAAGUGGAAAAAUAUGUCCUACCAAAAUUCCAAAUAACUAUUAAUUCACCACAGUACAUCCUUGCAGAUGUGGAGAACGUGACUUGGAACAUCUGCGUCAAAUAUAGUUACGGUAAACCUGUGAAAGGUAAUCUAUUGCUAAAAUUAACUCCGCAAACACCAAGUUGGAGAAGACUACCCAAUCUUCCGGCAAUACGUUAUGAAACAGAACUCGAUAAACCAGAUGGUUGUACAGAAUUUGUUCUCUCUGGAACGGUUCUUGGAUUGGCGCAUUGGAAAACUGACCCGAACAAUAUUGUUCUUAUAGCGGAAUUCACAGAAGCCGGGACUGGUGUAGUAGAAACUACAAUUAGUCGAACCGUGGUGAUGCACGAAGCAUUGAAACUAAAAUAUGAAAAUUAUACGCCUAGAUACUUCAAGUUCGGUUUACCCUAUCAUGGAAAAUUACGAGUUUUACGACACGACGAUACACCUGCACCAAACGAAAAAAUUCAAAUUUGCCUAAAAGUACGUGGAAAAAUCGAAUGGGACAAAGAUGUUGUGGAAUGCCGUGAUUUUAUAUCAUCCACUGAUGGCUUCGUCGACUUUGUCGUACCACCACAGCAUAAAAAUAUCGUUUUGUUGAGUUUCGUUGCCACCGCUGUUGAUUACCCAACAACGUAUUACUCGCCAGAUCAACGUUGGAAAGUUUUGAUGAAUCAACCAUCAGCAUCUGUCACCGUGAAUCCUUGGUAUUCCCCGUCCGAUAGUUACUUAACGGUAGCCCGAGGAAAUCAACCGAUUAUGUGUGGCGAAAAAUAUUCUUUUAACGUUAUGUACACGAUAUCUCCUAACAUGAACGAAUCCAUUUCCUUCCAUUAUUCGAUCAACUCGAAAGGAAGUAUUUUAAUAUAUGGGCACGUGAAACACAAGCCUAAUCGGGACACAGUGUUGAAUUAUUCCGAAUUUCAUAAUUUAUUAGGUUCUAUCACAUCUUCUACCAACAAAACGGAAGAAAAAGCUAUAGUACACAGGUUCCCUCUGAGCGUUAAAGUUACGCCAAGCAUGGCUCCAGUCUCGGAAUUGUUACUUUAUUAUGUACGAUCAGAUGGUGAAAUUGUUGCAACCACUUAUACAAUCGAAGUUGGCCACUGUUUUGAGAAUAAAGUAAAAACUGCGUGGCACACUGAUGUUCAAACACCAGGUUCGACCACCCAGUAUCACGUUGAAGCUGCUCCUGGAUCUCUUUGUGGAAUUUCUGCUGUAGAUAAAUCGACCCUGUUCCUGGGCAAAUCGAAAUCUAAUUUGAUCAGUGCCACUCAAACCUUCGACCAGUUACGAAGGUUCCAUCCAACUCCAGAGCCUCAUUUCCCAUCGGCGGUUCAUUCAAUGGCAUCGGAAGGAAUGAACGAAGAGAUUAAUCAUUUUCCACAGUUUGCCGAAUUGCGACAGAAGAGAAACGCAAAGUAUAACAUAAUAUACAACAAAAGAGUUAACUACGUAGACGCAGUACAAGCUUUCGUCGAUUUUGGGGUGAUUGUAAUGAGUGAUCUCGUAUUACAAACACGACCAUGCCCAUGGAUGUACAUGGAACACACAGACUUUUAUCGUGUAUUUACACAUAUACUGAACUUUCAAUUCCCAAUAGCGGAGUUCGCAGUUGCUGCUGCAGCGAUGGAUCCAGGAGUAGGAUACGUUGACCAAAACCCGUCUCAAACGGCCACACUUAGGUCAUAUUUUCCUGAAACAUGGUUGUGGGAAUUAGUGCCUACCGGAAAAGAAGGUAAAGUAACAAUAGAACGCACGCUUCCGCACACUAUCACCGAUUGGGUUGGAUAUACAACGUGCAUUUCGCCGGUCCACGGUCUUGGAAUAGCACCACCGACUAGCAUAACAGCAUUCCAAUUGUUUUUCCUCGAUUAUAGCUUACCGUACAGUAUAAAACGUGGAGAAAUAAUCCGUUUCAAAGUGUCUCUCUUUAAUUACAUGCAUCACAGUUUACCCGUAAAAAUCAAAAUGGAGGAAGUUGAUGGAAUUGAUUUGCAUUUGUCACACCCUACCGCCUCGUUUUGCGUAAAACCACGAGAUAGCAUUGUUCACCAAUACAUUCUGAAACCGCGAGUAAUCGGAGAAGUUAACAUAACAGUUGCUGCUUUUAUAGACAUUGAUUACCCGGAACAAUGCGGCCCAGAGACUGUGGGAUUUACGCGGGACGUAAUCAUGAAACCGAUUCUAAUUCUACCCGAAGGUUUCCCCGUGGAAGAAACUCAAUCUACGUUGAUUUGCCCGAAGGAUUUCAGCGAUGAUUCCGCGUUUAUGUGGGAAUUAACAUUGCCCGAAGACGCAAUACCGGACAGCGGAAGAGCGUACUUAAAUUUGAUAGGAGACAUCUUAGGUCCGGCUCUUGAGAAUUUAGAUAAACUUGUCCAGUUACCGAAAGGUUGUGGUGAACAAAAUAUGGUACGAUUCGUCCCAAAUAUCCACGUGAUUAAAUACCUGGAUGUGAUCGGAAUCGAUAACUUUGAACUUCGAGCAAAAGCUAUCAGAAACAUGGAGAAAGGAUAUCAAAGAGAGAUAACGUUCAAGCAUCUGGAUGGUUCUUAUUCAGCGUUUCAACAUAGCAAAAGCUCCAUAUGGCUAACUGCGUUCGUAUUAAAAUCAUUCGCUCAGGCUGCUAGUUUGAUUCAUAUUGACGAACAAGAUCUUAAGCUAUCUGUUAAUUGGAUUACGUCGCAACAGCUGGAGAAUGGUUGUUUUCCAGUAAUAGGUACUGUCUUCCACAAAGAAAUGAAGGGUGGUCUCCAAGAAUAUGAUAGUUCAUCGUCAGCAAUAACAGCAUAUAUCCUAAUUUCUUUGCUUGAAUCUAAUGUUCCUUUGUCACCGUCUGUUGUUAACAAUGCCCUUAAUUGUUUGGAAAAGGGAAUAACUAAUGGCCACGAUAAUUUGUAUACUAUGGUUCUUACUACAUAUGCAUUAGCAUUGUUAGAACAUCCAAAAGCUAAUUCCAGCAUGAGAUCUCUGAUGAAUCUUGCUACACGCCACAAAAAUCUAGUUUGGUGGGAAGAUAAAACUAAACUUUCAGUUGGUCUAAGCAUCGAAAUGACUGCGUAUGUGAUUCUUACUUUACUAAAACUAGGUGGUGAACAUUUAAUUGAAGCCUUGAAAGCUGUUCGCUGGAUAUCAAAGCAAAGAAACGCUGAGGGUGGAUUUACGUCUACCCAGGAUACGGUGCUUGGACUAGAAGCCCUUACAAAAUACGCUAUGACUAUACACCAUGGUAAUACCGAUUUAUCUGUUCUCGUCACUGCUAAAGGAGUGGAUUAUGUCUACAAACUACAUAACGAAAAUCGUGUAAUUCUUAAGCAAAUUCGUUUAACUGUUCUACCAACUAUAGUAGAAAUCUUUGCUCAAGGCGAAGGGUGUGUUUUAAUGCAGAGUAAUCUGAAAUAUAAUGUCCCACACAGUACUGGUUCGGACGCUUUCGAUCUUUCAGUCAGAGCUCGUUCUGUUACUUAUGGAAGCGAAUGCUCGUUACAAGAAAUUACAGUCUGUAGUCGAUAUAAACUGGCAGAUGAGGAAAGUAACAUGGCUUUACUCGAAGUUGGAAUGAUAAGUGGCUAUGUGCCUGAUCCAACGAGUCUUCAGUCGUUAUUGGAUCCAUCUUCAAAAGUGAAACGAUUCGAGGAAGAUCAAGAUAUUGUUACCAUUUAUUUCGAUAAAUUGACUGGGCAAAAAACUUGCAUAUCGUUUAAAAUAAUACAGGAAUACUUUGUUGAUCAUCUUAAACCAGCAAACGUGAGACUUUACGAUUACUAUCAGCAGGAACUUACCGUGUUCACUAAUUAUACAAUCGCUUCGAUUUGUAGCAGCGCGAAACCGGUCGACGAGCAAACAACGCCAAAUCAAUUGGCUACUAUGAAACAAUACAAAGAAUUUAAUACAAGUCCGGCGAAUUUCUCUUUCGUCGUCAUCAAUCAGGAGCUAGCAGUUCCAGAUGGAAUGGAGGGACCAGUCCCAGUUUAUAUGAAGCCAAACACCUAUGAUUACAAAACAGAAAUGGCUAUCACCACCAAUGGAUUGUCCGAUUUAACGUCGACAUUUUCACUGGAAAACCAAACUGUACCAUCCAUACAAGAGGAGGACGAAGACUCUACAGAGCGCCAACGGGAGAAAACCAAUCUUGUCCUGUAUGCAUGCAGUUACCGUCAAACAUUAGCGACAUUUAUUGUUCGGCAAGUAGCGCGGUUAAAGUAGCAGUUAGACGACUUCGUAAAGUGAGAUUGCUGCUGGACUUGCAUGCAUCCCGAGAAGUUCAACGUCUUCGUACAACGAUCGAGUUUACUUUGAACCCGAAUUGCUCCUGUUCACAAUUAGAUAAUCCUGGAAAUUUAGCCUUAAUCAUAAACAAGGACAAUGACUUUCUUGCAUCCGGAGAUCAAACGCAAAUACUGAACGAUUCGUUUCAUAUAUAUGGUUUACCAAUGGUAAGCGGUGUACCAUGUAAAUUGGCGGAGGCACGCGCCUCCUGCUACAACGAAGAGAACAUUCAAUGCACGUAUGAAGAUCCCUUGGUUUAUGGUUAAAUUUAGCAUUUUUUUUUUUUUUUAUCUACUUUAAUGUCACGCAAAAUGUUUGAAACCAAAUGUGUAAAUUUCUAUUAUAAGGAUAUAAUACUUAUAAGGAUAUAUAUAUAUAUUUUUUUUAACUAAACUAAUUUCGCGCAGAGUAUAUACACGAUUUCUUCUUUUAUCAUUUUCCUGUUUUUUUCUUUUUUUUUAUCUACAAGUAUGUCAGAUACAUAAUAUAUAAGUAAUCAUAGAAUAAGUUACGUAUGCACUAUGCCCACGUGAAAACAUAAACGAAUAUCAUCAUCAUCGCAAUUAGUUAUAUAUCAGGGAAUGAAAGGUUCCUUUGUUUUUAAACAGAUUGUGAAUAAAGUUUUCAGUAUAUAGUAAAUUGAUUGAUUUACUUCUUCAUGAUUUACUCCUUCGUAAUAUAUAUAUAUUGAUAUAUAUUGACAAGUGAACACGCAAAGAAGCGAAUGUUGGUUUUUUGUUUGUUAUACUUUUAUUUAUUAUCUUUGCAUCUGAUUUGCUACUGAAAUAAUUAUUACAAAUUAACAAUCACCUCUCAAACUUUUACUACAUUAAAUAUUAUUUUAUUACAGCAGAUUUUACGGUUAUCUAUUUUAUUAUUAUGCUCUUUUUAUUUAUUACUAUACUCUAAGUAUUUGUCAUUUAAUGCUGAGAGAAUUAAAGCAUAUUUUCUUUCUUUUUUUGCGCAACAACAAAGCAUAUUGACUACAAGUCAUCGCUUUGUUUCUUUCUCCCUUCUUUAUUUUUAUUGUUAUUUAUAUUAUUUACGACAUUCGCCUUCAGCAUUAAAUACCAAAUCGCAUUAUCACUGGAAAUGUAUUAGCUAUUUGUCCACAUUUGUAAAUGGUAAAAUGUUUACUCAAAAUAAAUAAGACUAUUUGCAUUGUUCGCUAGAGAAACUAUCUGUCGCGAUGCUCCACUAAAAUAAAAUGCAUAUCUAACUUGUAUCAGGAAUGGAAAGGAACAAUUUUUAAAUGUCUAUAAAUUGGCAGUAGCGUUUUCAGUUCAAUUGGCGUCGUCUCCAAAUAUUUGAAUUAUACUAUUAUAAAAUGGAUACUUUUUUUUUUAUUUUUAUAAUUAGUACAACACCAUUUAUCCGCACCGAAUAAACAAUGU